AUGCUACUCUCGCAAGACAUUCAUCAGCCCCAGAACAACAGCAACACACUGUGGAACCAGUUGUGCUACAACGAGACCCAGCAGAAACAGACGCGAAGCCAGCAACGUGGAAAGGAGUCCAGGGAGACCGAGGCGAAGUACCCGUGCCACAGGUGCGGUAAGACGUACAAGGCGACCACCUCGCUCAGCCGUCACAGACGACUCGAGUGCGGCGUGAUCCCGUGCGAGGUACACUCGCCAUCGAAUCUUUCUUUUCUGUUCGUUCACGUGUUUCUUCGUUCGACAGGUCUACUGCCGAAGAGUGCAUGGAGCACGUUGAACAAUUACCAAAACGUACCGAUGGACGAUCUGAUGCUGAAAGAAGGGGCCACCUAUCACGACCCGUACUAUUACCAGGGGAUGGUGAACGAUCCGAGCAAGAAACAGCUAUUCACCUGCUCGCUCUGCGGAAGGGCGUACACCUGGAUGUACAGUCUGCGUCGACACAAGCUUCAAUGCGGCGACCAGGAGGCGAGGAACGAGUGCCAGUUCUGCUCGAAGAAGUUCUUCAGACGCGACAGACUAAAGGAACACAUGUUGGCUCAUCACUCGAACAUGAUCUAA